UGGCUAUCCGAAUCAAGCAAUUGUGUCACGGGGCAGCUGCACGUGUUGGCACCUCGGAUGUUCUUUCAGAAGUCGCGAUGGCUUCACCUUCUUUUCCCGACUCACCGUUUCCCAUUAUAAAAGCCUCCCAAUUGUCUGCCAUUCCGAGAAGAUGGACUUAACCGCCGAAUCCAUUAGCGCUGCCGUCACAAUGAGCAUUCGUUCGCUCACCAGAGUUCUCCAGCUGUCGCUCGGCCUCGGUGCCGUUGCUGUCCCCCAGACCCAACCCGCUACUUCCUCUUCCUCUUCUUCUUUGGACAACCCCAUCAAGAACGUGGUUGUGCUGGUCCAGGAGAACUUGUCGUUUGACAACUUCGCUGGUGGUCUGACCUACAACUCCACUAUUGACGGUCUGGCCAACCGCGAGUACUGCAAUCCGACCAAUAUCACCGACCCCAACUCGCCGGUCGUCUGCGCUAAACCGAUCGCGAAAAAUGUGGCCCCCGAUGACCCGGAUCACAGUAUUGCUGGUGGCAACAUGCAGAUCUACGGUUAUGACCACCCGUCUUCUGACGAUGCGCCCGACAUGCGCGGCUUCGUCACGGAGCAGAUUCGGUCCUACCCGGACGCAAACAAAAAGCGUGCCGCUGAGGUGAUCAACUACUAUACCCCUGAGCAUAUCCCCGUGUUCAACGCCAUGGCGGAAAACUUUGUUCUGUUCGACCGGUGGUUCGCCUCAGUCCCCGGCCCCACCAACCCAAACCGGGCGUACCUGACCUCGGGCACCUCGCACGGUCACGGUGAAAACGACAACGACUUCUUGACCUCGUCGCUUCCGCAGAAGUCCGUCUUUGAGCAGCUGUCGGAUGCCGGCAUCAGCUGGAUCAACUACUCCAACACCUCCGGCUUCCUGCCCGAUGCUCAGUUCUACGAAUGGACCGCCAAGUCCGGCAAGGCCGACACCAACGUCAAGCCCCUUGAUCAGUUCUACAAGGAUGCUGCAUCCGGCUCCCUCCCUCAGUUCACCUGGAUCAAUCCCGAAUGCUGCUCGUACAUGUCCUUCCACCCGCCAUCCCCCAUCAACAUGGGUGAAGGCUUCAUCAAGAGUGUCUACGAGGCUGUCCGCAACAGCCCCCAGUGGAACGAGACCCUGUUCGUCCUGACCUUUGACGAGCACGGUGGAUUCGCUGACCACGUCUCGCCUCCCGAGAACGUGCCUGCUGGCGAUGACCUCACCUACACCGAGACCGCUGGUGACGGCAAGCCGUUCUCGUUCGCUUUUGACCGUCUGGGUGUCCGUGUGCCCACCGUCCUCAUGUCCCCUUGGGUGGGCAAGGGUCUCGUGCAGAACCGCCCGAUUGACGAGUCUGGUGACUUCACCCACACCUCCAUCCUCAAGUUCGUGUCUGAGCUCUGGAAUUUGGACAUUCUCACCCCUCGUGUCGCCUGGUCACCCAGCUUCAAGCACCUGAUCACCAACCAGUACCGUGACAGCCCAUCGAAGCUGCCGGAGCCGGCUGACUUUUAAAUGUGGCACGUUUGCAUGAUGAUGUUACGAUAGAUUAUACAUAUUAGUAUGCGCGAUUGGCUUCGCAUUAGAUGAAUUAAAGCAUUAAUUAUUGAC